AUGUCGUUGACUGCUGAACCAGCAUCAUGUACAAUUCCAGCUAACGGUGGAACGUCAAGUCUCAAAAUAGCAAAUUCAGGAACUGAUAAGCUGAUUUUUAAGAUCAAAUCUUCUAACAACAAAGACUACCGUAUCCAACCAGUCUUUGGCUUUGUCGAACCAUCGGAAUUCAAAGAAGUUACAGUAAUACGUUUAUCUGGUCCCCCUAAAGAAGACAAAAUUGUGAUUCAUUUUUCAAUUGCUCCAGUAGAUGUUUUUGAUGCUUCGGCGGCGUUUGCUACGGUUACCCCAGCUGGAACAUUCACAAUUCCGAUGUCUGCAACCUAA